AAUAUUAUCACAGUGGUGCACCAGCUGUCAGUUCCAUGUGGCUUAGACUGGUUAUUGCUUCAAAAUGUAGUUUUUGCAGUCCAGAGUCUGUUGGUCUGUUUAAACAAUUACGCAACUUCUGGUCUUUAAAACAAAGAGAGUGUUACUCAGUUGAUACAGCACUAGUAACAGACAGAACAGUAAAUAAUGUUGAUUCUUAUAGCAAUUAUAAUGCUCAACGUGUGGGCUAUACCAGCAGAUGACUUAUUUUCACCAAACAUAAACAUUCUUGAAGAACUGGGGAAAAUAAAGAUCAUGGAAACAAGGAUGGAAUCCAUGGAGAAGCAAAUGGAGCAACUGAGAACAGAAAACAGAGCACAAGCAAAGAAGCUGGAGGAAACAAAGAUCAAAAUGGAUGAACUAAUAAAAGAAAAUGAAGCACAAGCAAAGGAACUGGAGACGAUGCGUGGUACAACAACUGAUGUAAAGAUCAAAAUGGAUGAACUAAUAAAACAAAAUGAAGUUUCAAAAGUGGCUUUCUCAGUUUCACUGUCAUCCUCUAAUGGACCACACGGUAGUUUACACACGCUGGUUUACAAACACAUCUUCCUUAAUACUGGAGACGCCUAUGAUGUAAACACAGGAAUUUUUACAGCACCCAUGAAAGGAGUGUAUGUAUUCAGGAUCUUCUCCAAGGCCUAUGGAAGUCGGGACAAAGCAGUUGUCGCAGGCCUGUUUAAGAACGGCCAGCAUGAAAUUUCAACAUAUGCACGGCAAGACAGUGGUUUUAUCGGCUCUUCAAAUGGAGUGUCUCUGUUGCUGGAAAAGGGAGAUAAAGUAUAUGUAAAUCUCUAUCCUGGAUACUGGAUUUUUGACAAUGAACACCAUCACAGCACCUUUAGUGGACAUCUGCUUUUCCCCAUGUGAUCAAAACAUACAAAAAAAUUGCAUUGCUUUGUAUAUCAAGACUGUACAGAUUGUUUUUUUUCUGUCUGUAUAUAUGAUUUUAUUCAAAUUCAAUUCAAUUCAAAUUUAUCUGUAUAUCGCUUUUCACGAUACAUAUUGUUGCAAAGCAACUUUACACCAAAUAGACGUUUUUACAAUAUAUGUAUAGUAGCUUGAUGUACAUAUGGCAGAGAUGUGUGGUAAAGAUCAAUUAAUGACGUAAUCAAACAGACCAAGAACACUAUAAAUUAGUAACAGAAUUUGGUAGUGCUGUAUGUUGUUUCAGGGUUGGUAUCAUCUGAAGUCCUCUGAGGGGUUGGCAUCAUCUCAUCUUAAGUGUUCUGGAUCCAGACUGGAGCUUGUGAAUUCCUAGUUACCACGGGAUGUCAAUCCCAUGGCAAAAACAGAGAACAAAUAGGAACAUAAUUAGCGUAGCUGCUGUUCAAACUAAGAAAAGAAAGAUUUGUUAAACCAGAGCUAAAAGAUUAAUAAUGAACAUUAGAUCAGAUAUAACUGCAGGAAAAGUUUAUGAGAUGCACUAUUUGAAUGCUUGGCUAAAAAGAUGUGUCUUUAAUCUAGAUUUAAACAGAGAGAGUGUGUCUGAACCCCGAACGUUAUCAGGAAGGCUGUUCCAGAGUUUGGGAACCAAAUACGAAAAAGCUCUACCUCCUUUAGUGGACUUUGCUAUCCUAGGUACUACCAACAGUCCAGAGUUUUGCGACCUUAGGGAGCGUGAUGGAUUGUAGCGUGAUAGAAGACUAGUUAGGUACGCAGGAGCUAAACCGUUAAGUGCCUUAUAGGUAAGAAGUACUAUUUUAUAGCUGAUGCGGAACCUAAUAGGUAGCCAGUGUAGAAACUUUAAAAUUGGGGUAAUAUGAUCAUAUUUUCUUGACCUGGUAAGGACUCUAGCAGCUGCAUUUUGGACUAUCUGUAGCUAGUUUAUUGAAGAUGCAGGACAACCACCUAGUAGUGCAUUACUAUAGUCCAGUCUAGAGGUCAUGAAUGCAUGUUUCGCAGCUUGGCAAUAUUUCUUGGCCUUGUUGAGAUAUAUAGCUGAGUAUCAUCAGCAUAACAAUGGAAACUAAUCCGGUGUUUUCUAAUAAUAUUACCAAGGGGCAGCAUGUAUAUUGAAAAUAGUAGAGGACCUAGAACAGAUCCUUGUGGCACUCCAUACUUUACUGGUGAUAACUGAGAUGACUCCCCAUUUAAAUAAACAAAGUGGUAGCGAUCAGACAGGUAGGAUCUAAACCAUCUUAAUGCCCGCCCUUGGAUACCUGCAUAAUUUUGUAGUCGAUCUAUUAGUGUCAUGAUCUAUAGUGUCGAACGCAGCACUAAGAUCAAAGUUUAUUUUUUAUUUUAUUCUUUUCAGUAUUGAGAAGAAUGUAUACUAUAUACUAAAAUAAUCUUGGUUUAUAUAUUAAAUUUAAGCAUUGUUGUACAUUUCUAACAAUGUUACAUAGAUUUGAAACAUAUGUGUGUCAGUGUGCCACAUGUAACCCAUAAAAAGCAUUUUACAAGAGGCGUAGCAUCUGGGUAUGCAGGGUAUUCAUGUGUAUGGGCCCAGGCUGACUGGGGGCCCACUGAGGGGGACCUUUUAUUUAAAACAAGGGAACGUAUUAUUAAUUUGUGGCAUAAAUAAAAUAAAUAAAUAGUCUGCAUGUUGUGCAGGACUCAG